AUGUCGUCAGACCUCGCCAACAAGAUCCAGCAACAUACACUGUCGAACGUGACAGCUAAUUUUGUGAAAACUGUGAAAAACUUGGCUGAAGUGCAUGCUCAAGAUACGAAUAGAUUUGUCAAAUCAUGCAUGGCUCUAGGUAAGUUCAAAGGGCAAGAUGAGUUCCUGAGACAGUUACACUCAGAACUAAAUGCUAGUAGUGAAAGUGGUAUAGAUACGGCCGAGGUUUCUAGGCCAAAAUCAGUCUUUUUGCGGGAAGCUAAGCAGCCAAAGCGAUCCAUUCGCAGCACGAGACAUACCGGAAGUAGGGGCUUACAAUAUGAAGAUGAGGAAGAAGAGGGAGAUGUAGAUGAGAGUCUAGAAAUAUCUCAAGCACCUCUCUUACAACCACAAACUCAACCUGAAACUGCAAAGACUACGGUUUUCAAGAAACUUAGCAAGACAAAAGCUCAGAGGCUAAAGGAAUUUCCCGAAAUAAAACCAGCAUCGAUUAAAUCAAAUUCGUCCACUCUAAAACCAUCGUUUGAGGCUGCUGUGCCGGAACUCACGUCUUUCCAAAAAUCUGCGCUGGUAAUUGACCAUCCUGUCAUGAAGGAGAAUAAUGAUGAUGUGCCCCUCUCGGACGACGACAUAGAUAGUACGAAUGGCAAUCAGAUACUAGAAGAAGAUCGGGACUGGUAUAACUACGAUGAUUAUUAUAGUAAUGAGGUGUUCGAUACCCAAGGAGAUAGAAAUACUAAACUAUGGGAUAAGGAGGAUAACGAUCGGCGAGCAGAUAAAAAGAACCUUCAUCGUCGGGACACCAAUUCCGAAAUUCACAUAUCCACCAUGUCCUUAAGUCAGCGGCAAGCGUUUGUACCGCCUUUUCUAUCAAAAUAUGCCCAGGAUCCUGCGGGUUUCGCUGCGAUUGGCGGUAUAACAGACUCGCAAGACUCAUCAAGCCACAGAGUGAUAGACCCGAUACGCAAUCCUGAAAGCGAUUUUUCAAUGGGUGCGAAAAAGGGCAGUCGUUUUGUCGCUGAAAGACGUAAUAGAGAAGUUGUCAAGUCUAAAAUGCAAGAAACUGCAGAAUUAAAUGGAACCGCGAUUGGGCAAGUUAUGGGUGUUUCGGAAGGAAAAAAAAAUGCUGUAACCAUCGAUUCAGCCCACGCAGACCAAGCUAAAGUGUCGGAAACAUUUUCCGAGAUUCAAGCAGCCAGGAGAUCUUUACCGGCAUUCAAGGUACGAUCUGAACUACUCCAAAUUAUCAGAGACAACCAAGUAGUCAUUGUCAUUGGUGAAACAGGUUCAGGGAAAACAACUCAGUUGGCGCAGUUUCUAAGAGAAGACGGAUAUUGCCAAGAAGGCCAUAUGAUAGCUUGUACACAACCUCGUCGAGUCGCAGCCAUGUCUGUCGCCACAAGAGUUGCACUAGAAAUGGAUGUCAAGUUAGGACGUGAGGUAGGCUAUUCGAUAAGAUUCGAGGAUAAAACAAGCGAAUGUACUGAGAUUAAAUUCAUGACAGAUGGUAUAUUGCUGAGAGAAACUAUCACUAGCAGCACGCUUGAGAAAUACAGUUGCAUCAUAAUGGAUGAAGCCCACGAACGCUCUUUAAACACGGAUAUCCUAUUUGGUAUCUUUAAAAAUUUACUUUUUGCUCGCAGGGACCUUAAACUCAUUAUAACAUCAGCCACAAUGAAUGCCGCAAAGUUUUCUCAGUUUUUCGGCUCUGCUCCAAUGUUUACGAUUCCUGGGCGAACUUUCCCAGUACAGACUAUAUUUUCCAGACAUCCUGUUAGUGACUACGUUGAGUCUGCAAUAGUACAAGCCACCAAAAUCCAUUUGUCUACCCCGAUUACAAGUGGUGACAUUCUUAUUUUCAUGACCGGGCAAGAGGAUAUCGAAGCUACUUGUGAAGGAUUGCACGAAAAGCUUUCAGAGAUUACCGCCAGAAAAAAACUGGAGUCUUCUAACUUGUCCGAGGUAGACGACAUUCUUAUUUUACCAAUUUACUCAGCUCUACCUGCUGACAUCCAGGGAAGGAUUUUUGUUCCGGCACCAAACAAGCGAAAAGUGGUAGUAGCCACAAAUAUAGCAGAAACAUCUUUGACCGUAGAUGGCAUCAAAUACGUUAUUGAUUGUGGAUACUCUAAAUUGAAGGUAUACAAUCCACAAAUCGGUUUGGACAGUCUUCAAAUGGUGCCUAUAUCGAUGGCUAGUGCAAAUCAAAGAUCGGGAAGAGCUGGACGUACGGGCCCAGGUGUUGCUUAUCGGCUAUUCACUGAGGACUCGUUCUUUGACGAUAUGUACGUCCAAACUAUACCAGAGAUACAGAGGACAAACUUGUCUAAUACAUUACUGCUGUUAAAGUAUUUGGGUUUUAGUGAUCUGAUGUCUUUCCCAUUUGUCGAUCCACCGCCGGAACAGAUUAUGCUUUCUUCCUUAUUUGAAUUGUGGACUGUUGGUGCGCUCGACAAUUUUGGAAAUUUAACAAAGCUAGGGCGACAAAUGGCAGCAUUCCCUUUACAGCCAGCGUUAUCCAAAAUGUUGCUGAACGCCGCUCAGAGCGGAUGUAGCGAAGAAGUAUUGACGAUUGUGUCCAUGCUAUCAGUUCCUCAGAUCUUCUACAGACCAAAAGAAAGACAAGAAGAGUCGGACCAGGCUAGGUCAAGAUUUUUCGUACCCGAAUCAGAUCAUCUAACGCUACUAAAUGUUUAUGCUCAAUGGAAAGCCAACAAUUUUUCGUCAGCUUGGUGCAGGCGUCACUUUCUUCAGUUUAAGUCUUUGCAAAGGGCGAAGGACGUACAAAGUCAAUUAUCAAUGUUGAUGGAGAGAAAAAGCGUGCCCAUUGUCUCUUCGGGUACUGAUUGGGACGUAAUUAGGAAAUGUGUUUGCUCCGGAUACGCUCAUCAAGCAGGUAGACUAUCGGGGUUGAGCAAAUACGCACACUUGAGGAACGGCAUGGAAAUGCGUAUACAUCCAGCCAGUGCUCUUUUUGGUUCAGGUGAUUUGCCCUCUUAUGUCAUCUAUCAUGAAAUGUUACUCACAACUAAUGAAUAUAUCAAUAUGGUUACCGCCGUGGAUCCAUUUUGGUUGAUGGACUAUGGGCUACUGUUUUACAAUGUCAGCCGGAGAAAAGAAGAUGAGGAGGAUAUAACUCUUUACGCUGAAGACCGCCGACAGCCUCCCAAAGACAGCAUCGACUUGGAAAUAGAGCGAGCAGUGAUGAAAAAGGAGCAAGUGAAACGUGAAUUGAUUAAAGAUCGAAAGGUCAUCAUGGCAGAGCCUGAAAGUAAAUCAUUGAAUGCAAAAAUGCAAAGCGGUAGAGAUGAGUCUAAAUCAAAGAUUGGGUUUAAAAGAAGGAGGCCCUAA